CAUUUUAGAUUGUUCACCAUUAUUAAUUAACCUUUUUUUCUUGUUCAAGUAGCCAUGUCCAGUGCAUAUUGCCAACCCCUAGAGAGAGAAUCACACCUAUAAAACAUGACUUAAUCUUAAUCUUUCAAUGACAAUAAUAAAGCUUUGUUCUUUUUAGCAAAAAGGGGUGUUUUUUGUGUGUUGGUUUGGUUUGAUCAUUUGUUGCACACCACCUGUUGUUAAGUUAUCAAAGAGAGCAUUUUCGGUCCAAACCACAUGGCGAUUUCGAGUUUCAGAGGGUUUUCGGAGUUUGUAGCAAUGGAGGAUCCUGCUUUUAGCUUCCAGUUUCCGGUCAACUCGUUCGAUGAUCAUUUAAAUGUAUCAUCAAUGUCAGAAGCAAGGUUUGGAGAUAACAUGGAUCUAAUUCAUGCUCAUGGGAGUGUGUUUGAGUAUUACAAACCUGUUAUGGAACCCUCUCCAAGACCCGCAAAGCAGAUCAAAACUAGCAGCUGGAAUUCAUCGAUAAGCAGUGAUCAUGAUCACUCCUUGAUGAACCCGAAUGUGUCGCGACAAGGUCCCCUUUUGACGGCAAAAGAAGAAAUGACUGUUUCGUCCAAGAUUAACGGUGGAUUCACCUCUCAUCUUCAGUUUGGCAACCAAAACAAUCAAGGGUAUCAUGGUGGUGUUGAUAGUGUUAAACAUAACACGAAACAAUCUCCAGCUCAAGAUCAUAUCUUAGCUGAGAGAAAGAGGAGAGAGAAACUGAGCCAGAGGUUCAUAGCUCUAUCUGCUCUUGUCCCUGGCCUUAAAAAGAUGGAUAAGGCUUCGGUUCUUGGAGAUGCAAUCAAGCACAUGAAAACCCUCCAAGAUAAAGUGAAGACACUUGAGGAGCAGAUCAAGAAAAGACCCAACACAGAAUCAGUGGUUUUUGUCAAAAGAUACGAUGUUUCAGCUGACAUUGGUGAAACCACUUCUUCAUCAGAUGAUGGUCCGAUUCAUGAACAACUUCCUGAAAUAGAGGCAAGAUUCGUCGGUAACAAUGUUUUGAUAAGAAUUCACUGCGAGAAAAAGACGGGUGUUAUUGAAAAGAUUGUAACCGAGAUAGAGAAGCUUCAUCUAUCUGUUAACAAUAGUUCUUCCAUGACCUUUGCCAAUUACGCGCUUGAUAUGACUGUUAUCGCCCAGAUGGAUAAAGAAUUCGCGAUGCCAAUGAAGGAUCUCGUGAAGAAUCUACGUUCGGCUCUCAAGCAAUUUGUGUGAUGAUUUAUAUUACUUUCAAUCUUUUUUUAAGUUCUGGUAACCAAGGGCCUGGGAUUCUGCAUCCUUUAGAACCAAUUUUAUGCCUUAAAAACUUUGUUUUGCCAUGGGGUGCAUUUUGCAAGAGGGUUUUUUCAAACUUUUUUCAUGGUUGACUUGUUGACCAUGGUAACUAUCCUCUUGCUGUAAACUAGUAAUCUCAUGGGUACAAAGUGAUAGGCUUUCUUAUACAACUUUUUACCCUUUCAAUUGAUAUUGAGAGGGUUUUGAUGGUUUUUUAGGGUGGAUGAACAGGCCUAUGAGUCAGUCUUAAGUGUUUGGUGAUGAGUGCUUUAGAUGUCUCUUAUUAAUCUUUUUUCUUCUGUAAUUUGUUUGUAAAAUCUUGGUUUAUGGUAAUGCGAUAACAAGUAGUUUUUUGUGCGAUGGUUUA